AUGGCGGAACGCAUAAGAAAUCCAGAUUGGGAAGAAGAUGCUGAGUUAAAACAAGAUUUGAACCGAUACUACGUUGAGUACAAUACCAACUUGAAUGAUGUCGUGACGGCAGUACAGAAAGAACUCGAAGGGCCAGGUCAGUAUCUUGGUUAUCGUUCGAUACAUCGCAAGAUACGGGAACAGCACAAUCUGGCAGUACCUCGUAAUUUGGUGUACGAUUUAAUGACCGAAUUUGAUCCAGAAGGCCUUGAACGAAGAGGGAAUGUAGGGGUAAAAAAGCACAAAAGAGGAAAUGCUGGUACUUUCACAUCCAUGGGACCAAACCACACUCAUUCUGGAGAUGGCCAUGAUAAAUUACUGGGAUACAUGAAUUACACAUUCCCUUUGGCUGUAUAUGGCCUCCAAGAUGCUUAUAGUGGUUAUAUACUGUACCUAAAGUUAUGGACGUCGAACUCAGAUCCCAAAAUUGUUGGAAGGUGGUAUUUAGAGCACUUGUAUAAGUCAAAAGUCAUAAGUGAUAAUCUAAGACUUGACAAAGGAACAGAGACCGGGCAUAUGGCCACAAUUCAUUCCUACCUAAGGCAACAAGGAGAUGAAGAUAUUAAUGGAGCAGAGACUGUUCAUUAUGGUCCAUCCACAAGUAAUAAAAUUGAGAGAUGGUGGCGUGAACUCCAUAACCGCUUUGAACGGUUCUUUAAGAGACAGCUAAUGAUGUUGCUGGAGAGAGGACAUUAUGAUCCAAACAAUGAAACUGAUAGAAACUUGUUGGCAUUUGUAUAUAUACCUGUGGUUCAGAAGGAAAUGGAUAUAUUUAGGGAAACGGUAUGGAAUUCACAUAGAGUGAGAUACCAAAGACAUACCCAGUUACCCAAAGGAAUACCUAACCAUUUAUAUUCAUUUCCACAACAGUAUGGAGCAGAGGACUGUGGUUUGCCAGUAACACAUCAAGCACUUGAUGAAGUGGCAGAAAUUUCAGGAGUGAUGGAUGUGGGGGAUGAUUUUUUGUCGCAUAGUGUAAGGAGAGAAUGUGAAAGAGUCAUACCCAACAUUGAGAAUAUGAAAGCUAUUGAUGCUGCUGAUACAUAUCUAUUCCUGAAGGCUAAUUACCAACAGCCACCACCACAAUAA